AUGAUCAGAUUGGACGAGUCUCUGAGGCAGCGUCUUAUUGAGGAAGAUGAGAGGGAUGAGUUGGUGAGGAAGCUAAUGAACAAGAAAGAGCUAACUAAGAACACUGGAAACUUUUGCAAAUGUUCAAACGAGGAAGAUCUCACAGAAGGAUGUUGUGAUGGUGGCAAGGAUUGUGAUGGGGAUGUCGGUGAGUCUGCGAGGGAGGAUGCUUUGAUGAAUCUCGCCUCUCUGCGGGAAGAACUCUUUCAGAGGAAGAUGGAGCUGUUGGAAGCGGAGCGAUUGUUGGAGGAAAAGAAGAAGACGUGCAUGCCGCAUCUGCAGCAAUGGCUUCAACUGACAUAUGAGAUGGAGUCGAAGGCAUUUGAACAGAAGAAGGCCAUCGUUGAGAAGAACUUGAGGGAGGCCAAACAAGUGUGUGAGAAAAUAAAGAAGCAGAGAUUCAAACUGUUUGGAUCGUUGAAGCAGAAUCAAACGGAAGAUAGGACUGACCUCGUCAAAGAUAAACUAGACGAACUGAAGAGAGAGAUGGAGGAGAGGUGUUUGAGGUGGAAAGAAAUAGAAAGACUGACCAGCUUCAACAUUAUAACGAACCCUGGCGUCUCCUACCUAAACUCGCUACUCAGGGGCUCCAGAAUGUCCCUAUACACGCCGGCCAAUAAUCAACUGACCAGAUCGUCCACUGCUUCAAGUAUGUUUAAUUUAUUCAACCACCAUCAUGUUUUUUGA